UCAUUCUCGCCUACAAUCAUCAGCUGAUAAAACAUAAAUAUUGUAUCAAUCAAGUCGACUGUGAGUAGUAUGCUAUUAUAGCUGAACGCACAAAAUUCUUGGAGUAUAAAACAUCAAUUAUAUGCAAAUUGCAAGGUAUAAUUUUAUUUUGCAAGUACCUGUGCAAAAUACAACGAUUACACUAUGACGCUGAACUUCCUGCACAACUUAUGGACGUUAAAGCCGUUAUUCGCGACAGUGUUUGCAUUCAUAAUACCCAUUAGUCUAGCUAUACACUACUCCCCGGACUUUGAGAGCGAAUCAAAAUGUGCUUACGUCAUUGUUGUAAUGGCGCUGCUGUGGCUCACAGAGGCUAUUCCAAUCCCUGUCACUGCCCUCAUGCCAGUCUUCCUCUUCCCGCUACUUGGGGUAGUUAAAGCCUCGGUUAUCAGCGGGGUCUACGUCAAGGACGCGACAAUGUUAUUUCUCGGAGGACUUAUUAUCGCCGGGGCCCUCGAGGAGAGUGGCCUGCAUAUACGUAUAUCACUGUAUGUUAUGAAGAUCGUUGGUGCGCAACCGAUGUUAUUAAUGGCGGGAUUAUUGGCAACCACGUGGUUCCUGUCCAUGUGGAUAAGUAACACAGCAGCGACGUCUAUGAUGAUUCCAAUUAUAGAAGCUGUCAUUAACAACAUAGAGGAAGCCGAAGAGGAGUAUGAAGAUGCCGAAGCACACAGACAUGCAGACGAUAGCAGUGUCUCUAAAGUUUCUAGCUUAGAAAGUAGUGAUAACAGCGAAAAGCGUCUACUGAGAGAGGCAUCUCAUGAGAAAUCCAGUGAGGAGGGCAUAUCAAACCAUGCACAUCAUAAUGCGGGCCAGGUAAGGACACAUCCUCUGACUCCAGAACUUCGACGUCUCGCGAAAGCGUUUGCACUUAGUGUAGCAUACGGUGCAAAUAUUGGGGGAACCGCUACACUAACUGGUUCCCCACCAAAUUUAGUCUUCAAGCAACAGGCAGAUAAACUGUAUGAAUUUUAUACAGGGUCAGAGUCGGACAUAUCGUUUGCAAAAUGGAUGGGGUUCGCCUUCCCUCUGUCUCUACUGACGGCUGUACUCGGAUGGUUAUGGUUGGUUCUCGUAUUCAUCCGCUGCGGGUGCUGCAAAAAAAUUGAUUCCGAACAUAAACGGGCGAUAAAUGCGUCCAUACAACACCAUUUCAAAGAACUUGGGAAAUUAUCAUUUUGUGAAAUCCAAGUGUUAGUCGUAUUUAUUUUCCUGGUGUUUUUAUGGCUUUUUCGAGCACCACCAAACAUCGAUGGAUGGGGUACAGCCGCAACUCUGAAAAAAGGAUAUGUAUCUGACUCCACACCAUGUAUAUUACUUAGUGUUCUAUUGUUUCUCUUGCCUGCCGAAGUUCCGAAGGUCUUCAAGCUUGCCAAAGGCGAAAAGCCGUCUUAUAAACCAAUAUUACACUGGAAGUCAGUGACUGAAAAACUUCCCUGGGGUGUUAUAGUGCUGCUCGGUGGAGGAUUUGCUAUAGCUCAAGCAAGUGAGGAUUCAGGCCUUUCACUCUGGGUUGGUAAUGAACUGAAAGUUUUUGCCAAUAUGGACAUGUGGGUGAUGAACCUAGUAAUAUGUCUGAUUGUAGCCGGGGUCACCAAUGUGACCAGUAAUACAGCAAGUGCAACCUUGCUGAUGCCAAUUCUUGCUCAGCUUGCUCUACAAACUGAAAUUCAUCCAAUCUACCUCAUGAUGUCAGUGUCUGUUGCGUGCUCAUUUGCUUUCAUGCUUCCGGUUGCCACACCUCCAAACGCCAUAGUGUUUUCAACGGGAUAUCUCACUAUUCCUGACAUGGUUCUUGCGGGGCUUCCAAUAAAUAUAGUAGCAGUAUUUUGUCUUACUCUCGCCAUCAACACAUGGGGGAUGUCAAUGUUUGAGUUAGACGUUUUCCCAGAGGUGUUUAAGACGAACAUUACUGUAUAAGCAUCUUGACAUGACCAGGAUAUACCAUUGAUAUCAGAAGCCGUGCUAUAGUAAUUGCGCAAGUUAAUGGAUCAUCAUUUUGAACAUGAAAAAAACCUUCAGUUGUAUUUAUUAUUGCACUAUUUAGCAUCAUUGUGUACCAUACGGCGAGUGUGUUUUAUUGUAUUAAAAGUUUAUAUAGUCGCAGUCGGUAACCCAUACCGUGCUAAAACAGUAUCAGUCCCUGGUUCAUUAAUGUGUCAGGUGUACAAAACCCAAAUCUAGAAGUGCUAUCAAAAUGUUAGUUAUCUUAGUAGGAGUAGCGGGGGAUCUUACUCACGCUCCUGGUUUCGUAUUCAGACAGUGUUACCAUCUGACAACUCUUCUGCUCUUACUUGGAAGUUGACAUAUUAAGAUAACUGACAGGAAAUACUUCGUUUUGAAGAAAUAAGCCUGAACUAAACAAGACUAGACUAUUCGAAAUCAUUCCGCGUAAAACCUGCCAACAUACAAAAACUUUAGCAAAAUGUUCUAAGCUGAAAAUGGGGAAUAAUUUUGCCAAAAUGUAAGCCUGAGUUGCUGUGUUAGGUCUACCCAUAAUGCCAUACCUACACGCGAAACUUUCUAUGUGACGCAGGGUCAUAAUUUUGACGAAAUUUAUAUUGCUUGCCUUGUGAGGUCAUCUCAUGAUACCGAAGACAUGUGUAAGUUGAAAGCAUUUGACCUUGUUAUUUUUUAGGAACCUGCUUACGUGCAACUUUAAACCCGAAGUUCUAAGUUAAAUAAGUGGUAUGAUUUUGACAAAGUAAAAGCAAUAAAGAUCAAACUGACACCGAAUCAUGAACGGUAAAACCUGUGUAAAGUAUAACUUAGCGUCCCCUAAAACGGGCAAAGUGGCACAAUUUAGACAAAUGGAAGGAUAUUACAGUGUUGACCAAGUUUCUUGAAGAUCAAAUAGUCCAUUCAACGCUGUAAUAUAAAGCAGUUUCUAACUGAUAUUUGCCUCUGCUUUUUCUUCUUGUAUUUAUUCAUGUCUGUUUUAAAUUAAAUCAGCCUUAUGCUGGUUAACUACAGUUCCUUUGUUUACCAAAGAUCUUUGCUUAAUCCUAUUUAGGCUGAAUUUAAAGACCUGUUGAAAUUAUCGUAUCUUGCCCUUGUUAAAAUCAGUGAAGGUGUUUAGAUAACAACUUCCAAAACGUACAAGAAGUGGUGAGCCAUAAUUUUAUGAAUAGAUUGAACUUGUGAAAUACUAAAUAUUCGUUUAAAAUAAGCAGUACUUAUUCAGAGUGCCUCUGAUAUUAAGUCAUAUUAUAAUUGUCUUAAGAUAUAAGUAGUUAAGUACGUAUUUACCGCAUUCACUGACUAGUGACAUUUUUUUGUUUGUUUAACUCUUACUUUUUUUACAUCGAUCCCCAUUAUGAUCAAUCGUAUCAAGAUACUUUAUCCGUUUUCAAAACCACCGAAUAAAUAAAUAAGUAUACAGUACUGAUCGGCUCUUAAUUCAUGCAGGUCUGUAAUGUUUACCAAUGUUUAUGCCAGUCAGAUAACAAUUUGAACAGGCCAUCAUAUAAUCAUAUGCGACUGGCUGAUCCUGUUUUGCAAUAUGGUAGAUGCCUGACCAGUAUUCUGCGGCCGACUGUGGUGUCAAAACAUCCUAUACUUUCUUGUGAAAUAAUAAUAAAAUUCUUACCUGUA